AUGUUGGUGGCAUGUGGGAUCUUAGUCCCCCUGCUAGGGACUGAGCCUGUGCCUCCUGCACUGGAGGCAUGGACUCCUAACCACCAGAAUGUCAGGGAAUUCCCUAUUUCUCUAUUUUUAAAAAAUAUGUUUGCAAUUCUCCAUAAUGAAUGCCCCAUAAUAAAAAAGUUUAAAUGGUUUUUCUUUUUUUUUUUAAAAGGACACACAGGGACAAGGAUUGACCUUCUUUGGUUGCAAAGGGACUCAGUCACUGAGAGGCAGAUUCUUUACCCGCAGAGCCACAGGGGCGCCCGCAACAAGAGAGGCCAUCACAGUGAGAAGCCCUCGCACGGCAACGAGGAGUAG